AUGGCCGACUGGUACACGGCGCUCGAGGGCGUUGGCAGGCGCGUACAGGAGACAGUCAAGGCGUCCCUCGUGACUGUCCAAGAGAGCAUCGCAGACCUCGCACCUGGUCCACUGCAGUCAGCGCCAGUCCCAAUACCACAGCCGCCUUCACCAGGUCUAAUCGAUCGCACAGUCAGGAGUGUUGACGAGCACAAGCUUGCUCUGCUGGUCGCAUGCUGCGCGGGUGCAGGUAUAGGUGGAUACUACCUCUAUAAACACAAAAAGAAGAGACGCGCACCGCGAACAGCCAAUGCGAGUCGCAAAGAGGUUGUCGUCGUCGCAGACUACACACACGGGCUAGCGCGCAGUCUUGCACUUGAUCUGGAGCGCCGCGGCUUCAUUGUCUUUUGCCUCUGUGCAAACCCGCAGGAGCGUAAGCAGAUUGAGCAGGAAGGCCGCGCUGAUUUGCGUCCACUCGUUGUGGACAGUGCUGCUGGUCUCGCACCGAGUCUCGAGCACUUUUCCGCGUUCCUUGCCCUCCCAGCACCGGCCUUUCAUGGCGGCCAUACACUUCACUUUGCCGGCUUGAUUCUGGGUCCUGCGCAGGCGAGUGCGGGCCCAUUAGAGUUGCUGGCGCCUGGACAAGCAGAGCAUGUCCUGCAGACUGCCUUGGUGCGACCACUCGACCUGCUCCAGGGAUUCUUGCCGCUUGCACGCGAACACAAGGCGCGCAUCCUCGUGCUGACAGACUGGUUGGUCCCUUCACUGCAUGCGCCGUUCCAUAUCCCACAAACAGCUGCUGCGCAUGCACUCGCGGCAACAGCGCGUUCUCUUCGUCGCGAGGUGCCAACACUCAAGACGAUUCACUUGAAGCUUGGAACGUUUGAUUUGGCGCACAAGGGCAAUGGCGCGAGUGUACGUCGCGUGCGUGGCUCACCCGUCAAGCAGCUGCAUCAUGCUGUCUUUGAUGCGCUGAUGGAUCGAUGGCCUGCGACGACGGUGUGUGUUGGUAGCGGCGUGCGGACAUAUGAGACAUUGGCGCAUCUGCUUCCAGAGAGUGUCCUGCGUCGUCUGCUGGAGAGCCGUCCGUUGUAG